AUGGCGGCCAUCCAUCGACCAGCUCACAUCACCCACCAUGCAGCAAAAGUCGCCUCGGCAGCAGCAUUCGAGAAGUCCAAGGAGAUAGGAGUACCGAUGAACAUCGCCAUCGUCGACGCAUCACUGUACCUUCUACACUUUGAGCGCAUGCCGGGCGCCAAAUUGACAUCCAUCGACAUUGCCAUGAACAAAGCAUUCACAGCCGCUGGUCACCGCGCCCCAACGUCCGUCUACAAGGAGAACGUCUGGCCUGGCGGCGCUGCUUUCGGACUCAAUGCCAGCAAUAACGGUCGCUUCAUGUAUGUCGCCGGUGGCAUUCCGAUUGUUGUGGACGGCGAGGUCAUUGGUGCUAUUGGGUGCAGUACAGGCACCCCAGCGCAGGAUACGGAGGUGUCGCAGGCCGGUGUCGAUGCUGUGCUGGCGUAUAUUCGGAAACAGCAGGCUUCGAAACCAAAAUUAUGA